UACCACGGACACAAAAUAGGACGGAAUACUUUCCUGUGAGAACUUCCGGUGUUAGUAGCGGCAGUCAGUGCAUGUGUUUUGAUGUUUUUAAUAUAAUUACAUGUAGGCUAACUCGCCAAAUUACAUCGCAACACCCAGCGUGUUUUCCGCUAAACACAGAAAAAAAGGUUGAACUAUGAAUGCUGUCUUUCGAAAGUUGCAGGUGUCUGUCACACAGCAGGCAUGUGUGUUAAAUCAAGCACUUGCAUUAUGCUGGGCCACACCAUCUAUCCAACAUCCUGUUUGGGCUUCUGUAAGCGAAAGACAAUACAAAAGCAUGCCAACCCACGGGAUUGGGAGGUGGAGACAUCUUUUACCUAAAGAAGCGCCGAAGAAAAAGAAGGACAAACACCAGAUGAAAGAGAUCAUGGCUGAGACAGAUACAGCGUAUGGGACUCUGAAUGUGAAAGUGUCGGGUUACGACAUGACUGUGGUGGAGCAUUACUCCCAGUACAUCCACAACCUCUGCAACCGGCUCGGCAUCAAAGUGGCAGAAAGCUAUGCUUUGCCAACCAAGAGCACAGAGGUCAUGCUAAUGCAAGAGCAAGGCACCAAGAUGUAUGUUGAUGCCGUCCUGAAGACUCAUGAGCGAGUCGUCCAGUUGAGCCGCCUGGACACCGCGGUGUGUCCCGUUUUCAUGGACGUUCUUUUGAAGAAUCAACCGGAGGGAGUUGAGCUCUCUGUGAAGGAGCACACCGAGGCUGAUUUCCAGGCUCGGUUCAAGGGCCGUCCAGAGCUGGAGGGGCUCAUCGCUCAGAUGAGCCAUUAGGACCUGUGACCUUCUCAAGUUUGAAAUCUAUGUGACACGCUACACCUCGUUUACCUGUUCAAUUUAUUUAUUUCCUGGCAUUUCCUUACUGAAUGCCGUUAAAGGUGAUCAUUUGCAUUUAAAUGUAACGGUACACAUUUGACAUUCUUUUGUGACCUCUGCAAAAUAAAACAUUGCCUUUUUCCCCCAACUUAAUGUGUUGUCAUAUAAAUGUUUGUACAAAAAUAAAAAAAUGUAUUCCUACCUCAA